GCGCCUUAUGCAACCGGCUCAGGGAGCGGCCCCCGCCGCCUCUUCAGCAGCUCGGCGCCGGGAGUCCCGAGGAGGGAGGGGAAGGCUGGAGGUGCUGAGCUCCCGCCCCUCCUGACCUCGCCUCUCCCCGCGGUGCGCGCAUUCCGCAGGUGCGGAGCUGGCUGCGGCUGGCCGGCGGCUCCGGGCAAGGCUGAGGCUGAGACGAGUGCUUGCCGCUGGGUUUCUUACACUCUGCGCCCCGCCGGGUACCGCGCCGUGUGCCGAGCUGUAAGGAAAUGCGUUCCUGGGACGACCUCUCUCCGUUCCCAAUGCUUCUUCCCUCCUGGGUACCGGGCGUUGCGGCCGGCAUUGCCUCCUUGCAUCUCAUCCAGAAACUUCUCUUCCCCUACUUCUGGGCUGAUCUGAGAUACUUGCUGAAAGUGCUGCUUUACGGGCUGAGAGUGGAGAGCUACAGGCAGAGAGGGAAGAUUGUCACCGUGCUGGACAAGUUUGUGAAGCUGGCUGAGAAGCAGCCCCACAAAGCAUUCCUCAUCUAUGAUGGGAAGGCGCUCUCGUACCGGGAUGUGGACAGGCGCAGUAACAGAGUUGCGCAGGUCUUCCUUCACCACGGCGCUCUGAAGAAGGGUGACACGGUGGCCCUGCUGAUGGGCAAUGAGCCCGACUUCAUCCACGUGUGGUUUGGGCUGGCCAAGCUGGGAUGCGUGGUGGCUUUCCUCAACUUCAAUGUCCGCUCCAGGUCUCUUCUGCACUGUCUCACCAGCUGCGAACCCAAGAUAUUGAUUGUGGGAGCAGAUUUGCUUGGAACUUUAGAAGAAAUUCUUCCUUACCUCCAGAAAGACAUCAGUGUUUGGGUAAUGUCCAAGGAUUCCACUUUUCCAAGUGUGCAUAGCCUUUUAGACAAAAUGGAGGCAGCAUCUGAAGACCCUGUUCCAGUUAGUCGACGCUCGGCCAGUAACCUCAAAUCUUCUGUUUUAUACAUAUUUACUUCAGGAACAACAGGUCUUCCAAAGGCUGCAGUCAUCAGUCACAUGCAAGUUCUUAAAGGAGCUGCUGGACUCUGGGCUUUUGGUGCUACUGCAGAAGACAUAAUUUAUAUUACUCUGCCUCUUUAUCACAGUGCAGCAUCUCUUCUUGGUAUUGGUGGAUGCAUUGAAUUAGGAGCAACGUGUGUCUUAAGAAAGAAGUUCUCAGCUAGUCAGUUCUGGAGUGACUGCAAAAAGUACAAUGUGACUGUCAUCCAGUACAUUGGGGAACUCUGCCGCUACCUUUGCAGCCAACCAGUGAAAGAUGGAGAGAAAAAUCACAAAGUCAGACUAGCAGUUGGAAAUGGAGUAAGAAAUGAUGUAUGGAGAGAAUUCUUAAACAGAUUUGGUGCUGUUAAGAUCUGUGAGUUUUAUGGCGCCACUGAAGGAAACAUUUGUUUCAUGAACCACACAGGAAAAAUUGGAUCUGUUGGACGCACCAAUUUCUUUUAUAAGCUUUUUUUCCCAUUUGAUUUAAUCAAGUAUGAUUUCCAGAAAGAUGAACCAAUUAGAAAUAAGCAUGGUUGGUGUGAGAAAGUUAAGAAAGGUGAGGCUGGUCUUCUCAUUUCCCAAGUGAACGCAAAGAACCCCUUCUUCGGCUAUGCUGGCAGUAAGAGACACACAGAAAAGAAAUUACUCAGUGAGGUAUUUAAGAAGGGUGAUCUUUAUUUUAAUACUGGAGACCUAAUGGUUCAAGACCAUGAGAAUUUCCUGUAUUUUUGGGACAGGAUUGGAGAUACCUUCAGAUGGAAAGGAGAGAAUGUUGCAACAACGGAAGUUUCUGAUGUCAUUGUUAUGUUGGAUUUCAUACAAGAAGCAAAUGUAUAUGGCGUAUCAGUGCCAGGCCAUGAAGGAAAAGCUGGAAUGGCCUCUCUUAUUUUAAAGCAGAACAAAGCAAUCGACCUGGAGCAAAUGUAUAAGCAAGUAGUGACAUAUCUCCCAGGUUAUGCCUGUCCUCUUUUUCUAAGAGUCCAGGAAACAAUGGAAAUGACUGGAACUUUCAAACAACAAAAAUUUAGAUUAGUGGAUGAAGGUUUUAAUCCAUCUACAAUUACGGAUCCUCUUUAUUUUUUAGAUAAUUCCAAGCAAACAUAUAUCUUGUUAACCAAAGAAGUAUAUGAGAGAAUCUUAUCUGGUCAAAUCAAACUUUAAUUAACUUAAUGAAAAGCUAUUAAGAGACACUAUGAGCUACUAUGUAGAAGCAGUAAGAAUUAUCACCAAUAUUUAUAUGUUGUUAUCUAGAAUAAUAUUUUAUGUAGUUCAUAUUUUCUUUCAAAUGUGUAUUGUAUCUUUCCUCACUUACCCUAGUUCACUAGUAAUUUACUACCACUUGAGACCAAAUACAAGUAAAGAACCUGUAAAGCAAAAAUGAAACCUUAAUUUUGGAAAGUAAGUGCUGAAUCUGAUAGCUUUUCUUAGAGCUAAAGAAACAUAUAUGAUACAAAGUAAAAAAGAUCAAACAUAACAAAAGUGUAGUGACAGAAGCUGUUAUUAAUUCUAUGCAGACAAAAUAUGCCAGCAACAUAUUUUUAAAUGUAUCUAAUAUAUACUUAGAAAUAUUUGCUUUAGAAAAUACAGACUUGGAAGUGGUUGGAAGAAAACUCUUACAUGGAGGACUUUUAUAAUGGAACAUAAAACAAAAGGGGAUGAAACAGAAGAAAGCUCUCCAAACAAAGCUGAAAUUAAAAAGUUUAUACAGACAAAGAUCACUACUGAGCCUGUUAGUCCAUAUUCUUUCAUAUGUUAAACUGACUCCAUAGAGAAUCAAAGUAUGAAGACAUACAAAGCAUGAAGACCAAACUGUUGUGAAAUGUUUGGCAACAGAUUAAAAGUAGACACUGUUCACACUUAAUGGGGAAAAAAAAUCACACGUGUAGGAUUGUAUAAUCAACGAGUAUACAGGUGUAUAAUCAAUAAAUAUAGAGAGAAGUUAGGCUGGAAAGAUUGUCACAUUAGAGUGGGAUAACCAGAAAUGAAUGGAAAGCUUGCCCACAUCCUGGGCUUGCAGAAAAAAGACUCCAAGAGAAGCAGUCUCCAAAAAGACAUCCUUCCUCAGCAGCAGUCAGCCCUUAAACGAGGUCUAGGAGAAGUGGAGCCAGCCUCCACCCCUUCUGGUCACACCGGACUGCCUUCACCUGUGCUCCCACAGCUGACUCAUUGCUUGGCUCAGGUGAUCAAUCAGAGGUUCAGGCUGUGAUUCAAUAGUUCCCAUACAAGCAUAAGAAGAAUGACUUAAGUGCUGUACGUUACACAUAUUGUCUAACAAUAUAAAAUAAAUACAAAAAUACAAAAAUAGCUUCUUUACUCUUACUAAUGUCUGCCAGAGAUUGUUAUUUCAUGGGUCUAAAAUACUGAGAUUAAAAAAAAAAACAAUGGGACAGUGUUAUCCUGUAAUGGAUUGUGAUACCAGCUGUGAUCAGUGGCCGUCAGGAGUCAGAAAGCAACCAGGUGGCUUCUGCCAAAUGCUUUUCCCAGUGCUUAAGAGUUAAAUCAAAUGCUCAAUUUUGAUACUAGAUUUAUUAGUUUAACUUAUUUUGCUUUACAAAAUCUGGUACU